CUGUCUCUCUCACCGUGCGGCUCUCUUCCCCAUUUCCCUGCUUUGUUUUCAUCGUCGCUCUUCUAACCAUGGCUGCUCAUUCUGCUGAAGAACCGUUCCCCUUCCAUGGACUGCUCCCUAAAAAAGAAACCGGAGCCGCUUCUUAUCUCACCAGGUUCCCCGAGUGCGAUGGCCGAGGAGUUCUCAUCGCUAUCCUCGACACCGGCGUGGAUCCCGGGGCCCCCGGCAUGCAGGUCACAACUGAGGGGAAGCCAAAGAUCGUCGACAUCAUCGAUACAACAGGCAGCGGUGACGUGAAUAUGACCACGGUGGCGGAACCUAAAGAUGGGACAAUCGCUGGCCUCUCUGGUAGAACACUUAAGAUUCCUCCUGCCUGGGUCAAUCCAUCAGGGAAGUAUCGCAUUGGAGUUAAAAAUGGAUAUGAGUUCUUCCCUAAGGCUCUCAAAGAAAGAAUACAGAAAGAGCGAAAGGAGAAGUUGUGGGACCCACCACACCGUGCAGCACUAGCUGAGGUCUCUCGAAGGACAGAAGAGUUUGACCUCUGUAACCCAACACCCUCACAGAUGGAGAAGUUGCAGAAAGAAGAGCUGCAGAGUCAGUCAGAGCUGCUGGCAUCACUAGAAAAGAAGUACAGUGAUCCUGGUCCUGUAUAUGACUGUGUGCUUUGGCAUGACGGCGUCACAUGGAGGGCUGUAGUCGACACUUUAGAGAUUGGAGAGCUGUGCCAGUGCACUGUGCUGAGCUCCUACAAAGAGACGCAAGAGUAUGCCACGUUAGGAAAUGCUGAGAUGCUUAACUACUCUGUUAAUAUUUAUGAUGAGGGAAACACACUCUGCAUCGUCACCAGUGGAGGGGCUCAUGGGACACACGUGGCAAGCAUUGCUGCAGGUUACUUCCCAGAGGAACCCGAGCGCAACGGCGUGGCCCCCGGUGCCCAAAUCCUAGCACUGAAGAUUGGAGACACACGCCUCAGCACAAUGGAAACAGGCACAGGACUCAUCCGCGCGAUGAUCGAAGUCAUCAACUACAAGUGUGACCUGGUUAACUACAGCUAUGGGGAAGCCACCCACUGGCCCAAUACGGGGAGGAUUUGUGAGGUGAUCACAGAGGCUGUGCAGAAGCACAAUGUGAUAUUUGUCUCAAGUGCAGGAAACAACGGCCCGUGCCUCUCCACGGUCGGCUGCCCGGGGGGAACCACCAGCAGUGUCAUAGGAGUUGGAGCAUAUGUGACUCCAGACAUGAUGGUGGCAGAGUAUUCCCUGAGAGAGAAGCUGCCUCCCAACCAGUACACCUGGUCUUCCAGAGGCCCUAGUACAGACGGGGCCCUGGGGGUCAGCAUCAGUGCGCCAGGCGGGGCCAUUGCAUCUGUACCCAACUGGACUCUUCGUGGUACCCAGCUGAUGAACGGCACAUCCAUGUCAUCCCCAAAUGCCUGUGGCGGCAUUGCACUAAUCCUUUCAGGACUGAAGCAGAACGGGAUCUCUCCCUCUGUUCCUGCGGUGAGGAGAGCGCUGGAGCACACAGCUCUGAAGAUUGAUGACAUCGAGGUGUUUGCACAGGGCCAUGGGAUAAUCCAGGUGGACAAGGCAUUAGACUACCUCACUCAACACGCCUCUUUACCCACAAGCCACCUCGGCUUCUCAGUAAGUGUGGGAUCACAGAGAGGAAUCUACCUCAGGGAACCAACCCAUAUUCUUGCACCCUCAGAUCACGGAGUAGGAAUUGAACCCAUCUUCCCGGAGAACACAGGGAACUCCGAGCGAAUCUCCUUGCAGCUACACUUGGCGCUCACAUGUGCCGCCCCGUGGGUCCAGUGCCCCACACAUCUAGAGCUGAUGAACCAGUGUCGUCACGUGAAUGUCCGCAUCGAUCCUGUGGGGCUGAGAGAUGGAGUGCACUACACAGAGGUGUGUGGGUAUGACACAGCAGCACCUAGCUGUGGCCCCCUAUUCAGAGUCCCAAUCACAGUUAUUAUCCCCGCCAAAGUGACAGAUAGUCGUAAUCAGGAGGCGUGUUUCACAGACGUACACUUCAGGCCAGGCCAAAUCAGACGCCACUUCAUCACUGUUCCUCAGGGAGCCUCCUGGGCGGAGAUCACACUAACCUCUCAUUCGGGAGACGUGUCGUCAAAGUUUGUUCUCCAUGCGGUGCACCUGGUCAAACAGAAAGCAUACAGAGCUAAUGAAUUCUACAAGUUCUCCUCACUAUUGGAAAGAGGCUCACUAACUGAGGCUUUCCCUGUGCUGUCAGGAAGGAUAGUAGAGUUCUGUAUUGCACGCUGGUGGGCGAGCCUGGGUGACGUCACAGUGGACUACAGCAUCUCGUUCCACGGACUCCACACUUCCCCUUCACCCCUGCACAUACACGCCUCAGAGGGAGUGACGAGUUUUGAUGUGUCGUCGCCUCUGAGGUACGAGGAUGUGUCCCCCACUAUCACCCUUAAGUCCUGGGUUCAGCCUCUCAGGCCCUUAAAUUCAAAGAUAAAAGCCCUAGGAUUGAGGGACGUUCUGCCUAACAACAGACAACUCUACGAGAUUGUCCUCACCUACAGCUUUCACCAGCCGAAGAGUGGAGAGGUCACCCCCAGCUGUCCCAUGCUGUGUGAGCUGCUGUAUGAGUCUGAGUUUGACAGUCAGCUCUGGAUGCUGUUUGAUCAGAACAAGAGACUACUGGGCUCAGGGGACGCCUACCCACACCAGUAUUCUCUGAAGCUGGAAAAGGGGGACUACACUGUGCGUCUGCAGGUCCGCCACGAGCAGUCCAGUGAGCUGGAGCGCCUCAAGGAUCUACCGUUUGUAGUUUCUCACCGUCUGACCACCACUCUCAGUCUGGACGUCUACGAGUCACACCGUGCUGCCCUCAUGUCCAAGAAGAAGGCAAACUCCCUGACCUUGUGCCCGGGCGCCACACAGCCCUUCUAUGUCACAGCCCUGCCAGACGACAAGAUCCCAAAGGGGACGAGUCCAGGAUGCUAUCUUUCAGGUUCUCUCGUUGUUCCCAAGAGCGAGUUUGGCAAGAAAGCAGGGCAGGCCUCUGCAAAACGAAAAGGAAAGUUUAAAAAGGAUAUCAUUCCAGUUGUCUACCACUUAAUUCCUGCUCCCAACAAAGCAAAGAACGGAGGGAAGGAGAAAGACAAGGAAGCCGACAAAGAGAAAGACGUGAAGGAGGAGUUUGCAGAAGCUAUGAGAGACCUAAAGAUUCAGUGGAUGACAAAGUUGGACUCCAGCUCUAUCUACGAUGAACUGAGGGAGAACUACCUAGAAUACCUCCCGCUGCAUGUGCAAAGACUGCACCAGCUGGACUCUGAAAAGGAGCGUGCAAAACGUCUGAGGGAGGUGGUAUCUGCAGCCGACGUCGUCAUCUCUCACAUCGACCAGACGGCCUUGGCUGUUUACCUCACCCUGAAGACGGACCCUCGGCCUGAUGCCGCCACUAUCAAGGCUGACAUGGAGAAACAGAAGUCGUCUCUGCUGGACGCGCUGUGCAGGAAGGGCUGCGCUCAGGCUGACCAGCUCCUGCUGCCUCCUGCGCCGCAGGAUGUCGCCGGUGCUGUCUCCACAGGACCAGCAGCAGUGGAAGAAGAAGAAGAGGAGGAGGUCAGGGAACAGGUGGCCAGCAGUUCUGACGACACCGAGCACAGCGUGGUUAAAGUGCUGACGGACACGUUUUGGGAGGUGCAGAAGUGGGCGGAGCUAACUGACUCGAAGGUGCUGAUGUUUUCAUACAAACAUGCUCUUGUGAACAAGAUGUACGGCCGAGCCUUAAAAUAUGCCUCAAAGAUGGUGGAGGAGAAGCCCAGCAAAGACAACAUGAAGAACUGCAUCCAGCUUAUGCGACACCUCCGAUGGACACACUGCGCCACCUUCAGUGAGAACUGGCUCCCUGUCAUGUAUCCCACAGAAUAUACAUCUUUCUAGGCACAGACGCACAUGCAUGCAUGAGCAGCACGGUCCAUUACAUGGUAACUUGGAUAUCAUGUCCCUCAGGGUCACAUGGUCUAUGCAUCUGGGUUUUCAAAUUUAGAUGUAGGUGGACACCAAAAUGAAAGAUAACGACAAGUGUAAACAGUUUGAGGCACGCCACACCUUAUGAGGCGAGAGGGGAUCACGCUCGUCCUGUCUUUUUAAAUGGCUUGUUGAACAUCACACAGAGCAGCUCUGCUCUGCCACAGAAAAACAACAAAUAAUUAAGUUUCCUUGUUAAUGCUGUAGCCCCGUGCUUUCUUAGUUCAGUGUUGUCCUUUUAAUUUGGUGUCAUCUACACAUUUGGAAGCGUUUACAUCCCCACUCAUCCUCAGCUGUAUGGACUCCAUAUAUCACUUAUAUAACCUCAUUCUCUCGUGUGUAUAUAUUGUAAAAGGCCAGUGCGGACUCCAGGGAUGCAUCCCAAGUCUUUUAAAAAGGAAAAAAAGAAAAGACUGUUUAGCCCAUCUACUCACUUAAAAAGAAAACAGACAGCAGAAAAACUCAUAACUGACUGUUGUGCUACUUCAGUGAGAAGACGGGAAGACUUGCUUCUGCACGAUGUUCGGACAUACGAUGGCACGCAGAGUCUGCCUGAUCCCUGAAAUAAAAGGGAGAUGGAACUUGAUCACUUUUUUGUUUUUGACUGUUCCCGCCAGGCCUGGUUGGUAAAGUUAACAUUUUGUCUCGUGUACACAGAACACAAACCAAUAUUAAGGGUGCCUUCCUACAUGUACCUUACUUUUUUUCUGAUGGGAUGAAAAACAGCGCGAUGCGGCAGAAUCAGUAGCGGCAGUCAACACUCAGCCGCUUGUAGUCAUUUCACCCGUCAGCCUUUUGGUGUCAAAUGUGGUUUUAACGCUCAUAUCUGCAGUAUGAAGUGUCCAUGCACUGUAUGCAGGCCGUCAGUGACUUGUCAGGUAAUAGGAAGCCACAAACACUUUCUUGGCUUCUGUUUUCCUCCGUAGGUGUUGGCCACCCACUUACAUACUGCAGUUACCUGAGCAGCACAUUUGACAGACCAUCUUAACGGAGUUCACUAACACAACACAUGCAGUUGAGCUCAGCGGUAGGAUGUUCAGAUGUCAUUGUAAAAUGUUCACGCAGUAUUAGACGUUUAUCUGCAGCAUACAAGAUGUUGCACUUGUACACAGUGUCAUAAGAUAAUGUACAUACACGCAGCAUAAAAAAAAAUAUUAAGAUGCAAUAGGUAUAUGAAACAAAUAUUAUUCUAAUUGAUGUAUUUUGCAUAUAUGCAUGUCUUCUAGGAUGUAAGGAAAAACAAUUGUUUAUUUGGAAGCAGAUUUUUUAGUUUGUUUCAAUUAGAAAGGUUUUUAAUCCCAAACAAGAUGAUAAUCCACUGUUUGUUAUUUUCAUGCGUGUGUUUGUGAAUGACUUUGUGUUACUCGUGAGCAUAUCUUUGUGUACAUGGAACAUGUUCUCCGUAUAGAACUGAAAUGAUAGCCAAUUAGAGGGUUAAGCAUGAAUUUGUUUUAGUUUUUUCUUCAGAUACCUUAUUUACUUUAAAGGACCGUGCCAGUGGUUUUGUAGGUUUUAUCUGAAUUACUACAAAUCACAUGUUCUUAACAUCACCGCUAACAAUUUUACAUGUUAUUUUUAGAUUUUUUUUUUAAAUGGAUUUUUCCAGACAACUGUUUCUUUCAAUAUAAUAUAAUAUAAUAUAAUAGGGGACUUUUGAAACCUCCUUAGUGAACACCAAGUCUGCAUUAAAGGCCGUUAAACCAAAUUUCUCAAUCAUCUUUUUACUAUCAACGCUGGGGUUCUACAUGAACACACACCUUUCUGGCAAAGUGGGAACCGUUUCAUUAUUUCACAUGAGCGCUUUGUGUUUGUGCCGUUUCACUGGGUUGAGGUGGUACAAGCAUAUUUCUGAGCAUCAAUCAGGUUUUAGCAAUAUUUUCAGAUCGACAGUUUUGAGGUUGUAUGUUUAUGUUGCCACUGUCAAUUAAAAUGUUACUUAACCACACUCACACAGUCCUGAUGAGGACUGAUUAGCUGAGUUUUUGAAUGUUAAACUCUUAAUGUUUUUUGCAAACUUUAACUGUGUUUCGUGUUUGUUUAGUCCCAAAUAUUAAAUGUCACAGAAAGGUAUUUGAGGUUCGGAAGAACGUUUCUGUCGCUGCUUGGCAAUGCAGUAUAAUGGCACAUUUAUAUGAAAAGUCUUCAAUGCGUUACUCUGCAAAGAUAAUUCAACUUUGACAAAAAAUGAAUGCAGACUUGAUGUUCUCUUUGAUGAACAACUUGUAAGAGCACUCCACUGACUUGCAUUUCACUCAUAACAUUGUCUGGGAUAUUGUAGUCUUCAGCACCAGCUGACGAGACAAUUUAUCAGAUUCUGUGCAACUCCCCCUGGAGCCACAAAAGGACUUUUCCCCCACUCUCUCACACAUAUGCAGUAGUAGCUAGAAGCCUAGUUCCCCUUCGAGGAAGUUUGAAGAGACGACCAUUUGUUUUUCCUGUAUAUGGAAAUUAAUGGGAGAAAAUGAAACUCAAAUAUAAAACUGCACUGCAUUUGUAAAUGGUCAGCUUCACACAACUUUGUUGGACUGAAACUUGCGGAAACACUGGCAUUUUCCUUUUUUAAAACAUCUCACCUGAAUCAUGUAACAAAUGAGGACACGCAGCUGUUUGUUUUCAUAGUGCCAGUGCAAAAGUGGACCAUGUUAAAGAUACAAACACAAUGUGUGCCCUUUUUCACUUGUAGAUCUGUAAAACAAAAGGUCUGAUUUCCUGUCAGUCUAUAGUACUAGCAGUUUAACCAAACAAUGAUUUCCCCCAUGUUAAGGUGUAAAGAAGCACGAAGGCUGAAAAUGAUAAAAUUGGACAAAACAAUAUUGAAUAGGAGGCAAUGGCGUUGCCCUAAAACCACCCAUGUUGAGAACCACUGGUCUUUCACAUGUGACGGCUCUAGAUAAUGUUUUAAGUCCUCACAAGUGAAAGGUGCAUGUUUAAGAAUGUAAAAGCAGCUAGCUACUUUAAAGCCGAGGCCUUCUGUCCUCAUGGGAGUAAACAAUCUUUUCUUGGAUGACUUUUAACUGUAAAUACACAGCGAGUAGACACGACCCGUGUUGACCCAGGGGUAACGACACCAUGCGUUUCUGUUUUUAGCUGUGACUUGCAUGCACUUUGUGCAGCGGCGUCAGCACAGGCCUUCUCAGGGCUUUGCUGGAUUCAGCUGGGUCGACAGAAUCCUCAUGCUCAUCGUCUUUACUUGUUUUGCAUCUUCUGUUUUCACUUUGUUCUUUUUUUCUCCUCUUUCCUGUGUUUGGGGUUUGGUUCAGGCAAAUGUUGCGUUUAGGGCUCUGCUGUCUACAGUACGCGUUGCUAAUAACCGUCUCCGAAAAUUGCCUUAACUUUCACCAGAGGACUGUACCGUCCAUUUCUGCCGCCAAACAGACUUCUCUUUAUCUGUUGCUCUCACUCUGUUGGUUUCAGGAAAGACUUCUUCUGGAUGUUCAGUGCAUUCAUAAAAUCUAGUAAAUGCCAAUGUUUUACAGAAUGUUAUGAAAUAAGGUUGUUUGCUCUUAGUAUUAUUUUAUACCCAUUCUUCCUCGAAGACCCGAGCUACUGUCACUUACGUGGUCACAUGGAAUUAAGUCACAAACAAGGAAAAGAACACUGAAUAAAAAUGAUUUGGAAGAA